CCAAACGCUACAUAGAUCGAGCACGCAUUAUACGCAUAUCGGCGCCUACUGUGCACGUCUGCAGGAUCUAGCAUCCUCUAAGCCGCAGCCAUGCCUGGCCCAUUCACUUCGAAAUCUUUCAGCGCCACACUACCCAACUCGCUCGCCGCCCGAUACCGAAAAUCACUCCAGAAACAUCCGUUCCUACUCUUCGGCCUACCAUUCCUCUCCACCAUCGUUCUAGGGUCUUUCAUGUUGACGCCCGCCACAGCGCUGCGAUAUGAGCGCUACGAUCGCAAGAACCAACAAAUAACACAUGAGCAGGCUAUGGGCCUGAGAGGAGAGCGGAGGAAGGUUAAUAUGAAGGAUGAGUACUACAGAUUGCAGGCUAAAGACCUCGAGGACUGGGAACAGAGGCGUGUCAAGAGGCUGCCGGGAGAGCCAGACGGCACACUUGUGUAGGGACGAGACAAAUAAUCAAAACAGCAUCUGACACGGCGUUACGGAAAAUGAUUAGCAUAGCAGAUUCGAUACCUCUGUACGAUACAGACCCCUCCACUUUCUACAGUAGGCGCAUACUGCACAUGAAAACGGACACCCAUACUAGCUUGAUUGGGGCCAUGAUACCUGAAUUUAUACCAUGAAAAUGUUUGCUAUAUGACAUUUGAAUUGUUCCACGGAGUCGAUUUAACACUGCAUCCUCUGCUCGACCCGUGAUAAGUCAGUGCAUCGAAGCUGGGAACGACUCGCUCAGCGAAGACACUAUCUCUGACGAAAGAGCCUUGCAGCGACAGAAACAAAGUGCGCUAUUCUUGUGGUGUCUGUUGGGAACUGAGGUAGCAACUCGAAUCCGAAUCGUAUCUGGGACGG